AUGUCCUCUUUUGAUCCCGAUACUCUUCCCACGCCUUCGUCAUCGUCACGACCAAAAGGAACGCCUUCGAUUACACCGAGAAGAUUCAAUCGGUUCUGGCAGCCUAGACACGCCCAAACUCAGCCGUUGCCAAAGUUUAGGACUGCUCUUGGUAGCUUGGAUGAGGCCGACAUCAACCAGCAACCCAUCUCACCUCAAUCGCUCUUUAUUCCUUCAUCUCCGACAGAAAGAUUUCAAGAUGAUUCACGGAAGAGGAAGCUUCAGACCGAUGAGUCGGAGACGGACGGCGGUUUCAAGAGGCCAACUCUCAACCUGGAUGAUAUGCCACCACUUCGAUUGACUCGAUCAAGCAGCACAAAUUUACUCAAUCAGGACGAUUUAAAAGCGUCUGGUAGUUUUUCCAGUUCUUUUAGUUCGGAAAAUCUCGAUAGCUGUAGAAAAGCUACUCUGAGCAGUUUCUUCAAGACUAGUCGUGGAGCUGCUAGAACCUCUAAGAAAGGAAAUUCUGUUACUACUACUCAAAUUGUCUCCGAAGAACCUCAGCUUGAUACAGAGCUAGUCGACUACGCACCCAGACCAAUUAGAAAAUUCGCCAAUAGAGGCUUCGACUCUCAAUUACUCAAUCGCGAACAUGGAUUUGGAUAUUCGGCCGGCCAGUCGCUUCUUCACACACCAGCUUGCGACCCCCGAGUUGAAACAGCCCGGUUUCACAGCCGUUGUAUCGAUUCGCACGAGUUAUUCGCUCCUGACAGCGACAGCCACACCAUUCCUUUCUGCCUCGCCAGUACUCACAAUGCUAAUGUGACGGCCCUUGGUGAUGAAGAAGGCUGUGUUAGAUUCUUCGACACUUCUCCAAACGACGAUCCCAGUGUCGAUAAACAGCUGGGUGUUCAUAACAUCCAUGAUAAUGCUAUCUGGGACAUGGACUUUUCUCAUGAUGACAUGCGUCUUGCGACUACAGCUGGUGAUGCAGGUUUAGUUAUGGACGUCACGACCAAGACUGUGGCGGCCAGACUCUCCGAAGGUCAUCUUAGCUCAACUCGUCAGAUUGCUUGGCAGGAAGGGCAAUCAGUUGGUAAUGUGCUAACUACCUCGGAUAAGGCUGGCCGUAUCCGACUGUGGGACUUGCGAUGUGCAUCUUCUCAUGUGAGAAGCUUUUCGACGGUGAGUUAUGAUGAGUCAGGUCGUCGAACUGUCACCAUGCGAGAUGAGACUUCCAGACCACUGCAAGCAAUGACUGCAAACACUCUUGACAACACACAUGAACGUAAUGCGCAUGGAAAGGUUUCUGUUGCUUCCGUCACCGCUAUCCAAUGGCUUCCCGCUGGUCGUGAACACCUUCUACUCUCUGCCUCUGAAGCAGAGGCUGUAGUCAAGCUCUGGGAUCUCCGAUACAUCAACCGUCGACACCAAGAAAAGAGUAUCCCCUUGUCCUCCACAGCCGUACCCUCGAAUCACGCUUGGCGCUCCUACGGCAUCACUUCUCUAGCCCUCAGCAGUGAUGCCAGCCGUAUGUACGCAGUCUGCAAAGAUAGCACUAUCUACGCAUACUCCAUGGCCCAUCUCAUGCUCGGCCACGCUCCCGAACUUAAGGACGACGCUACUAAACGAAGGCCUGUUGCUUCUCAAGGUCUAGGACCCCUUUAUGGUUUCAAGCAUGAUUCGUUUGCUGCGCGAACGUUCUUCGUCAAGUGUAGCAUGCGACAGAAGGGUCUUUCUCACUCAUCUGAUCUCCUCGCUGUUGGCAGCUCUGAGUCUUCAGUCGUACUUUUCCCUACAGAUGAACGGUAUCUUCGCUCAGCCUGCGCCCAGCGCGCUCAUCUCCUUGAUCACCCAGGAUCCGCCCCUACACCCUCCCGCUCCUUCUCAUCCAACGCCGGCGCCGAACCCAGCUCGUCUACAAUCCCAAUCUUCCGCAACGGCACGGCCCUUGUAAACGGCCACACACGUGAAGUUAGCAACGUCAGCUGGAGCCAUGACGGCAAACUGGUUAGUGCGUCUGACGAUCACCUCGUCCGACAGUGGCAGGAAGAUGAAGGCAAAGCUCGUUACUUCAGACAGAUUGGCGACUUUGGUGGUGAGCGAUUCAAUGCGGGCUGGGCAGACGUAGGUGACGACUGGGAUGUUGAUGAUGAUGAGUAA